GCCACUAUCAAUCGAUCAGAGAGUGGAAGAUGUCGGUGAAUCGAGUCUGUGGGGCUAGAUCGAUCACCGAAAAACUCGAUUGAACGAAUUCAACGGAUUGUGGGAAAAUAUUACAAAACAACAACAUAGCAAGCGUUUGGAGCGGAGAACUCUGCCAUUCUCGAGAGGUAAUUUUAAUGCACUCCUUUUGAAAGAUGGCGUAUGCUUAAAGUACAGAACGAGGCUCUAAGGACUAGCAGAAAGAAAGGCCCCUCUAUUGCCAAACGCCAUCUUGCUUGUCUCAAAACAUGCAUGUCUAGGCACGCUAAAUUAAUCCCGGAUAGCGAGGGUAGAAGGAUAUAGGAUUCGUAAUCAAUCUGCUGCAUCGUCAAAAAAGAAGUUCAUGAAAUUCCUUAAAUGACAAAUGAUUUGCUCACCAUUUGUAUAAACAGUCUGUCGCAUCGAUGGUUAAGCUAUGUCUUUUAAACAGUCAGUUGUCGAUAUAGGCCAACUCUGUCUUCUUUUGAUAAGUUGAAUAUUGUAUUACUAUAAUUUCUAUAAAACAACACCAUAGAGUACCACAGUAUGAGUCAUAAUGGGCCUCCUGUAGCUCAGUUGGUAGAGCAUGGCGCUUGCAACGCCAGGGUUGUGGGUUCGUUUCCCACGGGGGGCAGUAUGGAAAAUGUAUGCACUCACUAACUGUAAGUCGCUCUGGAUAAGAGUGUUUGCUAAAUGACUAAAAAAUAUUAAUAAUAAUACCCAUAAAACCUAGCAGUCAAACAGGGAAAUGGUUCCAAUCGUUUUCCCAGCAUUCAUUUUUCCCCAUAGGGGAUUUUAGAAACACUGAGAAAUGAGCUAUAAUUUGUGUAGCCUUACCCUGGCGUGACAUUUUGAUAACCUUAGAAAUCUUUCUAAGAUGACUUUUAUCAAUAUAUUCACCUGUAUUUACCCCCCCAUAAAAAAAAUUAAACGCUAAUUAGCUGCUAAUAUGGCUAUCAUAAAGAACUACAAAUGCCAUGAUGAUCUGGACAAACUACCGAAUCAAGGCAAAGGUAAGAAUCUCUGGAUUAACUAUCUAAUGUUAGCUAAAUGUAGUAAUUAAUAAAUUGGCAACAUUUCUUAAAAUUGACAAUUCUGUGAACUGUUUUAAAUUCACACAAUACCUGUUAGCAAUGGUGUCAGCUAGAGAUUAUGUGUAGUUUUGCAUGAUGUCUACUUUGAUGCUAAUUAGCAUUUUUGAAUCUGAGAGUAAAUAGAGCCAAAUAUAUUGAUAAGUCACCUUGUCCGAGAGAGAUUUACAUGGUUAUCAAAACAUCACGCCAGGGUAAGCCUACACAAAACACAGCCCUUAUUUUAAGUGUUUCUAAAAUCCCCUAUGGGGAAAAAUAAAUGGUGGAAAUACAAUUGGAACCAUUUCCCUGUUUGACCGCUAGGUUUUAUGGGUAUUAUGAUACCUCCACCGUGGGGCUCUAUAUCUUGUGAGCGCCCAAUGAUUUAGUUGUCAGGAAAUGCUAAAUUAUUAAAUUGCAUGUGAUAAAUGCACCGAGGAAUAAAACAAGUCGUAAGGGAUUAUAUAAUAAUUAUUAGUCACAUUUUAAGUGAGAAUCAAAUCAAAUUUUAUUUGUCACAUGCGCCGAAUACAACAAGUGUAGACUUUACAGUGAAAUACUUACAAGCUCUUUCCCAACUAUACAGUUAAAAAGUAAGAACAUUUACAAAUAGAUAAAAAAAGAAAAUAGUAACACAAUAAAUUAACACUAUAAAAUAGCAAUAAUGAAUCCCCUCUCCAGUCAUGUUUUUGUUUACAGUUCCAAACAUUUAGGUUUGACAGUGGUAAUGUGUUGCCUCACCUGCUUGACUAAGUCCAACACAACUGUAACCCUAUCCACUGUGUCAACAGCUUCCAAAGGCGCCCACUCUCCAGGAUGGACUUUCCCUGGCACAGUGGCAAGGUUUUGGAACAGCUCAAUCACCAGCGCCAGCUGGGCCUGCUUUGUGACUGUACCUUCGUGGUGGACGGGGAGGACUUCAAGGCCCACAAGGCCGUGCUGGCUGCCUGCAGUGCCUACUUCCGCACCCUCUUCCUGGACCAGAAGGAUGUGGUGCACCUGGACAUUAGCAACGCAGCAGGUACAUAAGCCUUUCCCAGGUUGUUGAGUUAGGAUGUCUGCAAUAAGUGCAUGUCUGCUGUUGCCCCCUAAAAGCCUUGUUUGAAAAUGAUAACACUAUUACAAAUUAUGGUAUUCCCCACCUAAGACAAAAAUAUACAGUGAGAAAACACUGAAUUAUUUGCUUUACCUUAAUAUCCAAGACCAUGUUCAACAUCAGGCUUAGGUUAUCUGCCUAUGUAUUCUGUAUUCUGCAGGUCUGGGCCAAGUCCUUGAGUUCAUGUACACAGCAAAGCUGAGUCUGAGUCCUCAGAAUGUGGAGGAUGUGGUGGCGGUGGCCACGUUCCUUCAGAUGCAGGAGAUAGUCAAUGCCUGUUCUGCCUACCAGUCUCUGGCAGUCUCCACAUCAUCCCAGACAACACAAGACUUCAUUGACCGUGAGUACAGUACAGAUCAGUACACAAACAGGGGUUAUUAGUACACAGUCAUUAGCAUGCUUGCUUUAACAAGACCACUAAUGUUAUUUGUCAAUUAUUUUGGACAACUGAAGCAAGCACACUGAUUUUCUUCAGGAAAUUUACCUUUUCUAGUUAAUAUUGUUCUCGCCCAUCAUUUCUUCCAAACCAUAAAGACAAGAUUGAGGAAGGAGAGCAAAACACGGAAAAGCAGCCGUCAGAGACAAGGUCACAUGACGAGGAGAUCCCAAACCCCUCAGCCGAGGAUGAAGGGCCAAAGAGAGUUCAGGAGGACCCGAAGGAGACCACCCCAGACGAUGGGCAGAUCGCCAGUAAGACCCCAGACAAACAGACCCCGGGGAGAGGAAGACCCCCCAAAACCUCCACCCAUGCCACACAGAGAAAAGCUGCAGCUGAAAGAGAGGAGGUGGAGAGCGCCGCCAAAGAUGUGCCUGAGUUUCAGGAUGACCCCUCGGAUGCGGACUACACGCCCAGUCAGUGAAUUACUUGUCUUCAUACUUUUCAUUGAUGAUCUGUAUGUUUGAUAUUGCUGUGCUGAUGAAGAUUUAUUUUGUACUUACAGAGUUCCCAUUCAAAUCUGCAGCCGGUAGGUCUUACAUGAGCACCAGGAGAAGAAGGACAAGGAGAGCUCCUCGACGCAACCUCUCACAGGGUAAACAAACAGAUUGACUGAUCUUCCUUCCUUCCUAGGAGUAAUUACAGAUCUGCCAUGACUGGAUAAGUUAAAGCUACCUUGCUUUCUCCUAUCCAAUCAUGUUGGAUCAGUGACGACUUCAAGGAAGGGAAGAUGGAAGGCUACAUUUUCUAAAUAUUUGACUGCAGUGGGCCGCAGUAUCUGAUGGUUAUACAAUUCCUAUUCAUAGAUAAUGACUCGGAUGAGGGGAGUAGCUCACCAAAGUCAGUAAAUAAAGAGACAAAAGAGGUGGAGGAGGGCGAGAUGGAGGAGGGCGAGAUGGAGGAGGGCGAAAUGGAGGAGGAAGAGGGGGAGGAGGAGGAGGGAGAAGAUGGCCAGGGGACGGAGAGCGGAGAGGAGAGGAAGCAGCUACGGUUGGGUGCUGUCACCGACCGCACCGAGUCACGGUCCUACGGCUCUGUGACUCACAAGUGUGAGGUGAGGACCGUGUGUGUGCUUGUUUAUGUGUUGGUUAUGGUAUGGGUUACUUUGCACAGUGUGAUUAAACAUGGAAAUGACCAGCUUUAAUGUUUUUUGAUUAUUCAUUCCGUAUCAGAGGAGGACUUAUUGUUUUAAACUGUGCAUGUAUAUUUUCCUAUCAAAUAAACCAUAAAAUAGAGGAUAUUGCAUUUACACUCAUGUAAUUGGGGGUUGCGCAUUUCUAGGACUGUGGAAAGAAGUUCACCCACACAGGGAACUUCAAGAGACACAUCCGCAUUCACACAGGAGAGAAACCUUUCAGCUGCCGUGACUGCCACAAGGCCUUCUCAGACCCUGCUGCCUGCAAGGCUCACGAGAAAACACACAGGCUAGUAUCAAGCUCAUCACCUGUCUGUCUCAUGGGCAUAAUGACAUGUCCUAUUUCUGGGGCCUUGUUGACAUCCUCUUUGCAGAUCUGAUUGGUUUACUUUCUCCUUUUAGAUUCGCUUGAAGAGAUCUACCCUCUCUUAAUGUUCAAUAACAAGCCUUUGUAUGACAGAGGCGAUUUGUGCAACACAUCCCCUUGUAACUUGUUGAUAAUAACGAUGAUCAAAUUGAUAGUGAAUUAAAAUCAUGAGUCAUAGUAAUCACAGUUUCAUUACAUCAACAUCCUCUCGAACGUCUCAUCACCUGAGUAAGUAUAAGUAGCUAUAUCUUACUUAAAUAUAUCUCUCUUUCUCCCCGUAGCCCCCUGAAACCUUACUGCUGCUCCUCGUGUGGGAAGAGCUACCGGCAGAUCAGCCUGCUCAACUUGCACCGGAAGCGUCACACGGGCGAGGCCCGAUACAGUUGCAGGGACUGCGGCAAGCUCUUCACCACGUCUGGCAACCUGAAGCGCCACAUGCUGGUGCACAGCGGCGAGAAGCCGUACCACUGCGACUACUGCGACCGGGCCUUCUCCGACCCAACCGCCAAGAUGCGCCACCUGGAGACCCAUGAUGCCGACAAGGGCCACAGGUGUCCGCACUGCGACAAGCGGUUCAACCAGGUUAGGACCGCUUCUAAAACACGACUACACUGAUAGAUGUUGUAGUGUUUUUGUACAACCCUGUACAGUCGUGGUCAAACGUUUUGAGAAUGACACACAAGUAUUGGUCUUCGCAAAGUUCGCUGCUUCAGUGUUAUGGGAUUUUUUUGUCAGAUGUUACUAUGGUAUACUGAAGUAUAAUUACAAGCAUUCCAUAAGUGUCAAAGGCUUUUAUUGACAAUGACAUUACGUUUAUGCAAAGAGUCAAUAUUUGCAGUGUUGACCCUUCUUUUUCAAGACCUCUGCAAUCCGCCCUGGCAUACUGUCAAUUAACUUCUGGGCCACAUCCUGACUGAUGGCAGCCCAUUCUUGCAUAAUCAAUGCUUGGAGUUCGUCAGAAUUUGUGGGUUUUUGUUUGUCCACCCACCUCUUGAGGAUCGAUCACAAGUUCUCAAUGGGAUUAAGGUCUGGGGAGUUUCCUGGCCAUGGACCCAACAUUUCGAUGUUUUGUUCCCCGAGCCACUUAGUUAUCACUUUUGCCUUAUGGCAAGGUGCUCCAUCAUGCUAGAAAAGGCAUUGGUCGUCACCAAACUGUUCUUGGAUGGUUGGGAGAAGUUGCUCUCAGAGGAUGUGUUGGUACCAUUCUUUAUUCAUGGCUGUGUUCUUAGGCAAAAUUGUGAGUGAGCCCACUCCCUUGGCUGAGAAGCAACCCCACACAUGAAUGGUCUCAGGAUGCUUUACUGUUGGCAUGACACAGGACUGAUGGUAGCGCUCACCUUGUCUUCUCCGGACAAGGUUUUUUCCAGAUGCCCCAAACAAUCGGAAAGGGGAUUCAUCAGAGAAAAUGACUUUACCCCAGUCCUCAGCAGUCCAAUCCCUGUACCUUUUGCAGAAUAUCAGUCUGUCCCUGAUGUUUUUCCUGGAGAGAAGUGGCUUCUUUGCUGCCCUUCUUGACACCAGGCCAUCCUCCAAAAGUCUUCGCCUCACUGUGCGUGCAGAUGCACUCACACCUGCCUGCUGCCAUUCCCGAGCAAGCUCUGCACUGGUGGUGCCCCGAUCCUGCAGCUGAAUCAACUUUAGGAGACGGUCCUGGCGCUUGCUGGACUUUCUUGGGCGCCCUGACGCCUUCUUCACAACAAUUGAACCUCUCUCCUUGAAGUUCUUGAUGAUCCGAUAAAUGGUUGAUUUAGGUGCAAUCUUACUAGCAGCAAUAUCCUUGCCUGUGAAGCCCUUUUUUUUUGACGGCAUGUGUUUCCUUGCAGGUAACCAUGGUUAACAGAGGAAGAACAAUGAUUUCAAGCACCACCCUCCUUUUAAAGCUUCCAGUCUGUUAUUCUAACUCAAUUAGCAUGACAGAGUGAUCUCCAGCCUUGUCCUCGUCAACACUCUCACCUGUGUUAACGAGAGAAUCACUGACAUGAUGGCAGCUGGUCCUUUUGUGGCUUGGCUGAAAUGCAGUGGGCGGCAGGUAGCUUAGUGGGUAAGAGCGUUGUGCCAGUAACCGAAAGGUCGCUGGUUCUAAUCCCCGAGCUGAUUAGGUGAAAAAUCUGUCGGUGCCCUUGAGCAAGGCACUUAACCCUAAUUGCUCCUGUAAGUCGCUCUGGAUAAGAGCGUCUGCUAAAUGACUAAUUAUUUAUUUAUUUACAGUGGAAAUGUUUUUUGGGGGGGAUUAAUUUCAUUUUCAUGGCAAAGAGGGACUUUGCAAUUCAUCUGAUCACUCUUCAUGACAUUCUGGAGUAUAUGCAAAUUGCCAUUAUCAAAACUAAGGCAGCAGACUUUGUGAAAAUUAGUAGUUGUGUCAUUCUCAAAACGUAUGACCACGACUGUAUAUAGUUUCUCUAUCCUUGCAUUGAAAUGUUGAACUGUACUCUAACCUGGCUAUUCCUCUGUCUGGACAGACUGGGAAUCUAAAGGCUCACCUGAAGAUCCACAUCACAGAUGGCCCUCUGAAGUGCAAAGAGUGUGGCAAACAGUUCACCACCUCAGGUAACACCAGACUAGACAAGAGAAGUUGACUUCUGGGCUUGUAGUCAUUAAGCAUCUCAGAGAGAAGGAGUUCUGAUCUAGGAUCAGAUCCUCACUGUCCAUGUAAUCUUAUUAAUCAUUACCUAAAAGGCAACACUGAUUCUAAUGAAUAAGAUUACAUGGACAGGGGGGGUCCUGAUCCUAGAUCAGCACUCUUACUUUUACACGCUUUAUGAACACAGGCCCUGGUCUCGCUCUGUGUUGAUAUAUAACUAGUCUCUUCGUAUGGGUAUAUAACUGUAGUCUUUGUUUCCCAGGGAACUUGAAGAGACACCUGCGCGUUCACAGUGGGGAGAAGCCCUAUAUCUGUAUGCACUGCCAGAGAGCUUUCUCCGACCCCGGGGCACUGCAGAGACACGAGCGCAUACACACAGGUAACAGUUUUCGAAAUUGAUUUUAUAUGACUGUUCACCUUGACCUCUUACUUUGUACUGUGUAGCUUUAACAUGUGUGUAACAUAAACAUGUGCAAAAAUAACAGGAAAUGCCUGUGCAGUGCAUCAUAGGUUAGAGACUGUAAUGUAACUGUAGUGUGUGUGUCUCCUAUAGGGGAGAAGCCGUGUCUGUGUCUGAUCUGUGGGAAGGGGUUCACCCAGGCCAGUUCACUCAUCGCUCAUGUCCGCCAGCACACCGGAGAGAAGCCCUAUGUCUGUGACCGCUGUGGCAAAAGGUAAACACACACACACACAGUAUGAUCCUAUUGAUAUAACAUAGAGCCCUUUAUGUCCUCUCUCCAACUCCAGGUUUGUCCAGUCCAGUCAGCUGGCCAAUCACAUCCGUCACCAUGAUAACAUCCGGCCACACAAGUGUCACAUCUGCAACAAGGCGUUUGUCAAUGUUGGGGAUCUCUCCAAGCAUAUCAUCAUUCACACAGGUAGGAAGUACAACUGUGAGUGAGCAGAAAGUGAGGUUCCCUGGGAGUAGUGGAUAUUAAUGGAUAGUCACCCUUAGCGACAGUAUUUUCAACCUAACUUCCGUUUCCCCUGAAAAACGGAAGUGGGGACUCCGCUCAGGCGUCUUUCUAUGUCUGCUACUGUACGUUAGGUUAAUGGAUAGUCAAAAAAUAGUAUAUAAUAUGUUUACAAAAAUAGGUAUUUAGGUAUCUUUUGUGUAUAUUUCCAGUGAAGAAAACAAAGCUGUUGGGUAUCUGGGUACAUUAUAUCCCCUUUAUCUUUAGUGUCCCUCCAACCUCCUUACCCUGAGGUUUAACAUUAGUCUACAUUCACCCUUCAAGUCAUUUUUUCAUCCCACCAUCCCCUAGGAGAGAAGCCCUUCCUGUGUGACAAGUGCGGUCGCGGGUUCAACCGCGUCGACAACCUGCGCUCCCACGUCAAGACCGUCCACCAGGGUAAGGCCGGGAUGAAGCGCCUGGUGGUUGCUGGGGGCGACAGCGACGACGGGGGUGACGGGUUCCACGGUGGGUCGGCCUCAGAGAUGGAUGACAACGAGAUCAACAUCGUCACCGUCACCACUGAGGACAUCGUCACCCUGGCGACGGGGGCCCUGGAUGGCAGCGCUGUGGCCCAGCUGACAGGUCAGACCGAUAGCAUGCUGGGUAAUGAUGUUCAGAUAGGGGGAGGAGAAUGGUGGUAUGCAGUGGAUGUGACUGUAAUAGAAAUGAGAUUAAAGGAAUGUGGCUGUGUGAGAGUAAGAAGGAAAUAGACUCGGAACAAAGGGAAUAAUUAAGAAAAUUCUCCUGUUGUACGUUUCUAUGGAUUCUGUCUGUUUCCAGUGGUGCCUGUGGCUGCAUCGGUCUCAGCAGACGAGACGGAGGCUCUAAAAGCAGAGAUCACCAAGGCUGUGGAGAAGGUGCAGGAAGCAGGUGAGACUGGCCAACCCAGCUUUGAUCAGCUAUUACUAUUCAUCGCUUGGAUAACACAGCAUGUAAUAUCAGUAUAUAGAUGAUACUUCCUUACAUACACAUACUGUACAUCCUCACCAUCCGUCUUCUCUGUCCUUCCCAGACCCCAACACUCAGAUCCUGUACGGGUGCGACUCAUGCGGUGACAAGUUCCUGGACGCCAGCUCGCUGGCCCAGCACGUGCGAAUCCACACGGCCCAGGCCCUGGUCAUGUUCCAGGCUGACUCUGACUUCUACCAGCAGUAUGCCACUGCUGCAGCCGCCACCGCCGUCGGGGAAGUUGUUACCACAACCUGGCAACCCACCUCCGAGCAGGUCAUCCAGGGAGGGGAGCUCGUCUUCCACACCCGUGAGGAGGAGGAGGGUGGGGAGGAGGGAGAGGGGGAUGGGGUGACUCAGGAGGAGGGAGGAGAGGGAGAGGUGGUGGCCCAAGCUGACCCCCAGCCAGAGGGGAAAGAUGAGGCUGUGACAGAGGGAGAAGGAGAAGAGAUGGAGUGUGAGAGUCAGGCUUAGGGAAGGAAAGUACAUUGAAGAACGGAUUAUAUCUGGCAUGCAAUGACACCCCAAGUUACAGUGGGUUGAGUGAGUAAUUAGUCAUAAUUUAUGACGAUUUCCCGCCCUUUGUGGGAAAACGACAGUGAGAUUUCUAAUCACCAGUUUACAUAAUCAUUAAUAAACUGUCAUUUGUAGAGAUUUAGCAAAACAUUGUCAGCCUCAUCUGGCAUGAGUUCCCCUAAUUCUAAAAUUCUAGAAUCUCUUCAGACGGUAGAAGUAGUAUGUAACAUGCUAUAGUCAAUUUAGCACUGUAUGUUUAACAUGUAUAUUAUAAAAUAUAGAAAUGGGCUAUUCAUUUAGAAAAUGUACUUGCAGUAUAUCCCAGGGUAGGAAGGUAGGUUGAUACAUCACACCACUUUUGUUUUUCUUCUCCCUGACAGUAAAAAAAACAGAAAGGUAGUCAAAUAUUGCCUACAGAUUAUUUCCUUGUUUUACUGAGAUAGUGUAAAUGUUCCUCUCUUAGUUGAAGUAUUUUAGUAUACUUAAUUUAAGUAUUUUCAUUAAAAGCACAAGUGUUCAGAAACUAUUGAUAGACUACUUUGUGUAGUGCUACUUGCAUUUUGAGUGAGAAGGACUUGCUAAGUCUGUGCUAGAAGUGUCGUUUCUCUUUCACAUUGACAGGCAAACAAUGUAAAUGUGCACAGGCACGUUGACGUUUGUUCUAUUUCCUGCUAACAUAUUAUAAUUAGUCUUUGUGUAGAGAACUAGAAAACUGAAAUGAGUUCCUAUUGGUGGGAUCCAAAUGAGAAAUGACAAGUUGUGGAUUCGUUCCACAAAUCGACAUUAUUUUCCAAUUGAUCCCUGUGUAAAGCAUGAAACAGCCUGCGCUGUCAUUUUCUCAAUGAUUUGUAGCACUGAUUUGGCAGGUAUUAAGAAGUACAAGAAGUCAUUAACUGACUGUGUAUGCUAGCCUAUGUUAGCAUAACAAGAUGUUUCCUUGGGAAGUCUUAUGGCAGCAGGAGCACCUAACAUCGCAUAGCAAUGUGUGUAAAUUAUGAUUAUGUUCAGUCCUGGUUGAUACUAGUUCAUGCAAGUAUUUUUUAGUUGUUGAACAAUACAGAUUAUGAUAUAGACCUUCUGUUUUAAGUUAAAUCAAUGGCUGAUUAAAGAUGGGGG